GGAAUAUGUAUGAUGCCAAGUCAAGAUAUUACUCCAAUCAGAAAUUGGCAAACUAAAUACAAAGUUAUUUAUGACACCCAACAAGGGCUGGAUGGGUUGAAAAAACAUGGUGUAAUCUACUGUUAUACUGAUGGCUCAAAAAUUAAAGACAGGGCUGGAUUCGGCCUAGUCAUUUUUCGAAACAACAAAACACUGCACCAAGACUCAGAAUAUCUGGGCGAAAUGGCCACAGUUUUCCAAGCUGAGGUUCUUGCUCUUGAGCGGGCCUGUUUAUGGCUUCUCAGGCAAAGGAAUCAAAGAAUUAUAAUUAAAAGUGACAGCGCUUCAGCCAUUCAAGUUAUCCACAGGAAGUUGAUCACUUCCCAGAGCGUGCUCAAAGUAAGGCAACUACUAGACCGACUUAGCAAGAAAAACAAAGUGACAAUUCAAUGGAUCAAAGCCCACUAUGGGCUGAAAGGCAACGAAUUGGCAGAUAAUUUGGCGAAAAAAGGGGCUACACAAAUCCGGUUUGGCCCUGAACCGUUUCUUCCAGUCUCACGAAAUGUCUACAAAGAAGCAAUCAAGAAAAGUAUCAGUAAAGAAUGGUCAACAUAUUGGAGUAAUUCAGCCUCAUGUAGGCAAACCAAAAUAUUUAUCCCCCAAACUAAAUUUGAAGAAAUCCCCAAAACCUUAGGGACUGUCCCUAGGACAGAAUUAGGCAAAUGCAUACAAUUUAUAACAGGUCACUGCAAUUUACAACGGCAUCGACAUAUCUUAAACGACAUAAGCGACCCAAGCUGCCGACUGUGCAAUGAGAACGACGAGACUCCCUGGCAUUUAUUAGCUGAAUGCCGAGGGUUAAUAGCUAGACGUUGGACAAGUUUCCAACAUCCGACUCUGCCACAAAUGCCCAAAUGGUCACUAAAGCAGCUCCUCGGAUUCCUGAAGGAAUCUAUCAUAUGGGAGUUGCUGGAUCUAUGGGGACAAGAGUAAAAAAUGACUAAGGAGCGGGAAUAUCUCUUAAUUGGGACACCCUUUAUCAGAACGCAGUUAUCAAUCUGCUGCCUGACUCCUAACAAACAAAC